AUGCGCAGGCGAGGAUUGGAACCCCAUUCGUCCGACUCGGAGGAAAGCGAGGGCGAGGCCUCGCCAUUGGGAUCAUCUGAUAGCGAAAGUGAAGAUGAGGCGCCCGUGUUGGCUAGACGCAGGGGAGCACGAGGCGAAGAGGAUGAAGGCGAGGAAGGCGCCGCCUCCGAAUCACAGAGCGACUCUGACCAGAUCGAUACAGACACCGAAGAUGACAGCGACGUCAGCAGCGAUGAGGAGAACACCAAGCCUGCGCCCACGGCAAUCGCCAAGAGGCCUACGCCCGCUGCCGGCACUGGCAAGAAGGAAGAGACCGAUGGAGGCAGAGGGAGAGGCAGAGGGAGAGGAGGAGUUACGCAGAGACCCGCCCCAGCAGCAGCAUCAAGUGGUAACGGAGGACGAGCCAAGGCGCAACAGCAGAAUCAGACUCAGAGUCAAUCUGGCGCGAAGAAGCUCGUGUACCGACCCAAGAAUGCCGCGCCUGCAGAGGGAUCAUCCGCGAUCUCGGCCGAGGGGGAAUGGGGCGAUAUGGAAUCUUCAUCUCCCGCGCCUGUGCGGGGAGCUGGUAGAGGACGAGGAAAGAAGGGAGAUGGGACACGGCCAGCAAGAAACAAGCGAGACCGUAACGUCAAGAGAGAGGACGCCAACGCCACGGCUGACCAGCAGCAGAUUACGCCACCAGUAGAGGGGGGAGAUGGCGCUACCCAACCUCCGCCGCCGCGGGCUCAUCAAGAGGUCUCGAAACAGGGCAGGCAGAGGCGAGGUCGGAAGCAGCAGCCCGCUACUCGCGUCGCUCCCUCGGACGGCGAUCAAUCUGCAGGAGCUCCCACUACGCAGCCAUCUUCGACCGAAGAUGCAGAUGCAGAGCAAGUGGUGGGCGAAGGCGGCUCGGGCGAAGGCGGUGAAGAGGGAGGACCGCAUAGGAAGGACAACAAGAAGAAGCCCGACCCCGACGACCCCCAGUUCGUGCCGCGCGGCCGCUUCUUCAUGCAUGACGACCGCUACGGCGGGAAGGGACCCGGGCCUCGUCCACCUCGUCAGCGCCCCGAUGACGCCUACGAUGCCGAGCAGGAGGAGAUCUGGAUGCACGACGGCUACGAGCGACUCGCGCGCGAGGAGCGUGAUGGACGGGGAAGAAGUAGGCGACGUGGGAAGCAGGCCGCCGGUGGUGGCCGGGGCGGAGGUGCCGCAGCGGCACCUGAGCCGGGCGUCGCUGAUGGAGGCGCCCAGCACCCCUCGGCGACUGCCGCCGCCUCACCUGCUGCAGGCCGUGGGGAGUCCGGCAAGCGCGCCAGGGGCAAGGGACAGCGUCAGCCCUCUGGCGGACGUGGCACCCAGCAGGCCGGCGCCAACCAGCCCGUACAAGAUCACGCCACAUCACCGAUGGGCAAUGGUGUCGCUGGUGGCUCGAAGCGCUAUUCAUCGCAGCGCGUGGCCACCACGGACGAAGCGGCCUCGCUUGCGGCGAAGGCUGUUGCCGCGGCCGUGUCGUCGACCGGCGCCCCCAUCAACCCGGCCGUUGCCGCCGCCGGUGGCGGUCACUCGCCCCACUUUGCCCCAGGCGGGUAUGCAUCGAGCCCCAUCCGGCCCAACGCCCAGCCAUUCCGACCCAAGGGCCGAGGGAACGGCGCCAGCACGCUGUACGUCCCGAUGGGCUACGGCCCGUACGUGCCCGAGUACGGCGCCGGCGCGACCUACUACCCGCCGCCGCCGGCCUUCCCCGCCUACGGCUACACCCAGGGCGGCCAGUUCCCCGAACCCAACAACUAUCUGGAACCGGACCCGGCGAUCAUCGAUGCGUCGGUGCCGACGUACCAGAUGGCCGCCGCAGCCGCCGCAGCAGCAGCGCCGGCGCCGCCCACCGAGGCGGGUGGCCCCGAUCCUACGAUGAUGAACCCACAGCUCACCCCCUACGGCGCCUAUCCGCCUCCGUUUUUCUACACCGCACCCGUCUACCACCCGUACAUGGGCGAUCACCAAAGCGGCGGUGGACGGGGACGGGGCCGAGGCCGAGGCCACCACCACAUGGCACCUCCGCCGAUGCAGGGCACCGUCUACUAUCCUCCACCGGUCAUCGAGGGCGAGGCCGAGGGCAUGUAUGAGGAACAGGACAGGUUUGGCUCUUCCGCCGAAGAGACAACCUCCGCGGAACAGGUCGAGGUAAUGAACGGCAACGGCCACGACAACGGUAACGGCCACGGCGAGGACGCAACAUCGCUGGCGCCACAGCAACAGCCGCAGCCGCUGCCGCAGCCUGCGAUGAUCAGUCCUGCGGCCAAGGCCGCCGGAUCUAAGAUGCGCGCCAAGGCGCCCAAGUGGGUGCCCAAGGCCGCGGCGAAUGCAAACACGAACGCGAACACGACCCCGAUGAGCGAUGCCGAGACAGCCGCCUCAUGA